AUGGCUUAAAAUAAAGUUUCUUUAAUGGAGAAGAUUAAAUCUCUUAAUUCCAAACCAACUAUUAUAAAGGAAAUUGAAGAAUGGACUAAAAAAACUUAGUAAAAUCUUUAAAGUGCCAAAACAGUUAGUGGUGAAAUUCGAAAAGUAAUUGAACUUUCAAAAGAACCAAAGGAGCUAAGUAGGUACUUAGUGACUGUUUUGAGUAGCAGUCUAAGAGAGUUUCAGAUGUCAUCUAACAAAUAUGUUAAAAUUGCUAUAAUCAUAUUUUUGGGAUAUAAAUUUUUCCAUGUGAUUGGGUUUUUGGCAAGAUAUAAUAACAUCGAAUUGAUAAAAUACUUAGCAAGAUAUAUGAGACUGCUGUAUUUUAUUAAUUACUUAGGGUAUUUUAUCAAAAAUUUGCCUUAGAGACCAUACUUAAUAGAUAGUUUAAGGUCUGUUUUAGUAUUAAUUGUGAUCCUAUUCAUUGAAGAUAUACUAAUAUACAUAUACAAACUAUGGGAAAAAAUAGGAUCAUCAAUAGAAAUUUCAUAAUUAGCCAAGACUUCUUAUAAAGUUACCAUUCUAAUUUUCCUCUAUAUUUAUCUUAAAGAAGCUAAAAAUUAAGUUAUAAACUUAGCCAUUUUUAAUGGAGAAUUAAUAGAAAAGUUAAUAUAAUUUGCUAAUAACUAUAAUUGA